AUGUCUAUAAUAUUAAAAAAUUUAAUUUCACCACGAUCCCAAAUUUUACGUUCAAGUUCAAGACAUUUGUCACAUUUCCGUGGUAACGGUAGUCAAAAUCAAAGUAGAUUAUACAAAUGGUAUCUGCUUCUAGGCAGUGGUGGACUAUGUGUUGGAUAUUUUGCCUUAAAAAGCUUUAAAGUUAAUUCAAAUAAGAUUUAUGCACUGCAGCAGCGAAAGGAUGAAAUAGCAGAAAAGGCAGUCAAGCUCACAGCUCGCGAGAAGCGCUUCAUAAAAUUUGCAUCAGUUGAAUUUGAUGGGCAACUUUACCUCACCCCACAAGAUUUUCUCGAAUCAGUUGUGGAACAGGAACCACGUCCACGUCUCAAACGUAAACGCUUGUCAGAAAAUGAAAUUGAUCAGCUGAAGUCAGCAACGCCAUCACUUAGGCAUGGAUCAUCGAAUCUCUUCCGAUCGUUGCGUGAUAAGGGCAUCAUUAGCUACACGGAAUAUUUGUUCCUUCUUAGUGUCCUUACGAAGCCUCACUCGGGAUUUAAAAUUGCAUUUAACAUGUUUGAUACGGAUGGGAACUCAAAGGUUGAUAAGACUGAGUUUCUUGUGAUUCGACAACUGCUUGGCGGUUCUUAUAAAGAUCGAGAAUUUGAUGAACAAUCUAAAGAAGCUCUCAUGGCUUUGUUGUCGACUCAGGCUCAAGCCAAGUAUCUCACACGCGCACACAGAGAUACAGACGACGAUAAAAAGCGUCGUGAAAAGGAAGUUGAGGAUGAAUUGAAAGAAAAGAAGAAAGAAGUUGUAAAAAGAAGUUUCAUGGAAAAAAUCUUCAGCUACGCAUGGCGUGGUAAGCGAGGCAUUGAAAUUGAAGAAGGAAAGGAAGGAGAGGACGACAAUGAUCAUUUGAUUGAUGAUGAGCAAGGUCUCCAACGUAGACACAAAGUAGACACAACUCUUCAAAUUCACUUCUUCGGCAAGAAAGGAACUCAAGACUUGAACUUUGAUGGAUUUUAUAAUUUUAUGAAGAAUCUACAAACUGAGGUCCUCGAGUUGGAGUUCCAUGAAUUCUCAAAAGGCCAUGAAAAAAUUUCUGAGGUUGAUUUUGCUAAGAUUUUACUUCGCUACACUUAUUUAGACACGGAAGAGUAUGACAAUUAUUUGGAUCGACUCCUUGAUCGACAUGACAUGAAGGAGAAAGGUGUGACGUUUGAGGAGUUUAAGCAGUUUUGUCAGUUCUUGAAUAAUCUUGAAGAUUUCUCAAUUGCCAUGAGGAUGUACACGUUGGCUGAUCGGUCGAUCUCGAAGGAUGAGUUUUCUCGAGCCGUAAAGAUUUGCACUGGAUAUGCAUUAAGUAACCAUUUAAUAGACACUGUAUUUGCAAUUUUCGACGAAGAUGGCGAUGGUCUCUUGAGCUACAAAGAGUUCAUUGCAAUCAUGAAGGACCGUCUGCAUCGUGGAUUUAAGUCAACAGCAAAGGCCGAAGGCUGGGCAGCAUUUAAGCAGUGCUUGAAGACAGAAAUGAAGAACGUCUAA